AUGAGCCAUUCGGGCAUGGAGGAGGAGGAAGCCCCAGACGUUAUCUGCGAGCUAGAAAACGUUCAAGGCUUAGUGGAAGCCCUCACCGCCGUUCGGUGGAAGCGCUACCAGGACGCUGUGUUGGAGUUGUCGGAACACGGCAUCGUUUUGAUCGUCGACGAAAACGGUUGCCUCCAAGCCAAGGUUUAUCUCAAACGAGAGCUUUUCAUUCGCUACGAUUACAAGGCACGAGGACGACCUCGUUUGGGAGUGAGUUUAGGGCAUUUCGUUGAUUGCUUGAACGCCUUCUGGCUUCCUGGUCAAUUCAGCGUUGUUCAGAUUCAAUAUCCAGGUCCUGACAUGCAGCUUCUUCUCAAAUCUGUAGAUUCGCUGGAUUCCAGUAUUUGUGCAGAGAUCAGAACAAGGAUUCCAGAUACAAUUGGGUGGGACUACAAUUUUGAACCUGCAGGGGCCAACCCUUUAACCUUUACUGUUAAAUCUGCAGCACUAAAGGAAGCUAUUGAGGAUCUUGAAUGGCCUGGAUCAAGCAUCCAGAUUAUUCUAGAGCCAGAUCCUCCUUCUGUUACAUUAAGAGCUGAAGGACACGGAGACUUACAGAUAGAUUUCAUGUAUUAUGUCAAUUCAGAACUCUUGGUAGCAUUUCAAUGUGAUCAUCGAACUUCUUUCAAGUACAAAUAUAAGUUUCUCAGGGCAACAACUUCUAACAUGCCUAGCAGUGUUAUUAAAGAAAAUAGAGGAAGUAAGUUAAGCAUUGGGAGAGGUGGAAUGUUAAAAGUUCAGCAUCUGGUUUCAAUUGCCAAACCAUCCGUGUCACACACCUAUGUCGAUGCAGUUGGCUAUCAGCAACCGGGUAGAAUAGCUCAUAUUGAAUUCUUUGUGAAACCAGAGGAAACUGAGGACUAA